AUGAAACUCAGUAUAACAGCCAAAGCCAAGUUGUGCAAACCACCAACAGCGAUCUGCUGUUGCUUUGAUAAGACAUACAUUGCCACCAAGGGAAGAAGGGUGUUUUUCACAGAUGAUAUGCGCACAUUCAAAUCCAUUCUCUUUUCUUCCCAAGUUAAUUCUCUAGCUUGCUCUGAAAAUCUGCUUUUUUGCUGCCAAAAGAAUGGAAGCGUUUUUGGAAUCAACUCAAAACACAAAACCGCCUUUAAGACAAGUAUUGGCGAAUCGGAAUGCAUUUACUCUGUCUUCGACCCAGCUGCUGACAAUCUUUUAGUUGGCUCCAAGAGCAAGAAAGUUUCAAUCUUUGGAUUAAACACGAUUCUCAAAAGUUCAUAUUUCAUAAAUGAGUCUCCAUUAGCAUAUUUUGAUGUGUCUGAUAGCCACACUCUUGCUGGAAUAUCACAAAAUGAUCAAAACAUUCAAUUUGUCAAUCUUAAAACAAAAGAAAAAUUGUCCUUGAGGAUAAUUGACGGAUUUCCCGAAAUUUUAAAGUACCUCAAAAGUGAUGUUUUAAUUGUUGGGAGCUCCACAGGUGUUUUGAAUUGCUUCUCGACAAUCAAUAUGAAAAGAAUAAGCUUUCUGAAGCUUGGCUCGGCCAUAACAGCCAUCCACAUCCUAGGAUCUACUCAUUUACUUGUUGGAACCGUAUGCUUCAUUUAUCUGGUCGAUUUGUCAAAUUUUAAUAGAAUGGUGAUUGCACAGGAAUUGCCAGUUGAUGGAAUACCCAUUGGUUUUUUCGGAACUGAAGUGAUAUACUGUGCAAUCUCACGGGAAUCACGACUUGGAAGAUGGCUGAAGUGUAAAAAAGGGCACAAUCAACUUGUUGUUCUUAGCAUAAUGCAUUGA